GAUGUGGGCAAAUUUUGGUUACCAAACCAAAAUUGUAAGGCAACCAGUUUUGGCGGUUUUUAGUUGAACCAGUUUUUGACACCCAAAAUAAACUGUUGUGAAUCCUUUUUUAUUUUAAUUUUUGACUAUUUUAAUUACUUUAAUUAUCCUCGAUCAUUUUUUAUGGUUGUCUAACAGUGUUUUAAUCUUUGGUGUAUUCUACAAUAAAUUCAUCUGUGUUUGAAUUCACUGUUUAUUAAGGUGUCACUUAAGGUUUAUUACUGAUGUCAACUUAAUUUUAUUCAAAAUGUACUCAAUGAAUUAUGCCUCAUCAGAGGCAUCAUCAGCUUCUCUUGUCUCGUGUUCAAUUAAGGAUUAUCCCUCUUCUACACCAGAGUCAUCUCCAAAAGUGUACACAAAGGAUGGUAAAGAUAGGUUUAACUCAUAUGAACCUUAUGAAGAUUUUUCAAACUACGGGAAAAUGUUAUCAGAUACGUUUUCCGAAUACAGUGAUGAAAGCUUUCGAAAAACAUACAGAAAUGAACCAGUUAAAACAAAGUAUCCUACAAAUACAGGCAAUGAUGACUAUUCUCAACUGUCAUACAAACAUGUGCAAUAUAUGUUGGAUGAUAAUCAAAAGCUGUCUGAUCAAGUAUCAGCUCUCAAAUCACAGUUGAAUGUACUGAAUGGUGAUCAUGUAGGCCUUUCAUAUCAAUACCAACUGUUGGAGAAAAAAUGUCAAGCUAAAGAUGCCGAAAUACUGAACUUGAAGGGAAAAUCUCUGCUUUGACUAUACAACUGAAAUCUGAAAGUGAAGCUAAGAUUGAGGCUCAAGCGAAAUUUUCUCUGGCUGAAUCUACAAUUGAAUCGUUGAAUCGUCAAAUUGGUGUUAUGGCUAAAAGUGAUUCGGCUGUCAGACUAAGAGAGAACUAUGAAGCAAUGUUAUCUAAGCUCCGAAACCAGCAUGAGAAUGAAAUGUUAGUGUUGAAAGGAGAAAAUGAAGGUUUGAAAUAUGAAUUGGAAAGUAAACGAGCAGAUAUUGACAAGCUAAAGGCUCAACUUUUGGAAAAAGACAAAUUACUCAAUAAUCGACAGGCUGAAAAAGAAUCAAAUCUGGAUGAUCUACAACAGCGAUACGAAGAAAUUCUUCAGCAAACCUGCAAUAAAGUCGAGUAUGAAGCACUUUUGAAAACGAAAAACAAUGAGAUCGACUCUUUGCGACAAGAGAUAGCGAAACUGGAAGUCAAACUCUCAAAUCAAUCGACAGUGCCAUCAAACUCGGACUGUAAAUGUGAAAAAACAUCUUUAAGAGAAAGUGAUUAUGUCAAAGACAUCAAAGAAGAGUUUGAAAAAUGUCUUGUGAAUCUACAAACCAGGCGAACUCAAAUCGCUUCAUUACAAUCUCAGUUAGCUUCAAUUAAAAAAGAAAACUUGGAACUCAAAGAGAAGCUCAAGGAGACUGAAAAGAAUGUCAGUAAAACCAACGAGUUUUUGAAAAAUGCUCAUGAACCGUGGAUAAAGAAACUCGAAACUCAUUAUUCAGCUCAAUUUGAAAAGGACAUCAAAGAAGCUAUCAGAAAAAUAGAAGAAACGAAAAAGGAAGAAAUCGAAACAUCUUAUAAUAAACAUUUAGAGGAAUAUGUAAAUAAGUUUAUUGAGUACCUUCACUCAUUUUCUGACAUUGAAUCUCCAGAUCUUCAAUCUUAUAAAUUACAUACUAUUUUCGCUCCACUGAGGAAACUUUGGGUUAAAAUUAAUUGCAACCUCGAAGAUCGUCUCACUGAACUUGAUCAAAAACGAGAAUCAAUGGUGGAGGCCAGAGAGGACCUAGAAAGAGCCUUAAUGAUUUCAAAAAACGUCGAAAUGACCGUUUCAAGUGCACCUUCGUACUAUCAAGAUAUGGACGACUCAGAAGCCAGGAUGAAAUCUAAAUUAGAUGAAUACAAGAGAUAUUAUCACCGUCUUAUUGAUACACAAAAGAAAGAAAUUGAUGAAUUAAAAAAUCUUUACGCCAGAUUAGAGGUGGAACCACAAAGCGAGUGUAAAGAAAAUGAUGAACAACUUUCCAAGGGAUCAACGUGUCGCAGACUGUUUCAUCAAAUUAGUUCUGUGAAAGAUUUAUAGAAUUUAUAUCUUUUGUAUCUCAGUCCAUCAUUUUUCUUUUUGCCCUGUUGCUAAUUUAUGUUGUAAAUAUUCAAAAUACCGACUCAUGUAAGCUAUGCGUUGUAUUAAUCUCCAUGUUACACAUGUUAAAAAAUCUCAAACCUGUAUCAUUAUGUGUAAAUAUUCCAAUCUCAAGAAAACUAUUAUAUUUGAAACUUCAUACUUUCUGACAAUUUA